UUAACAGAGAAACAGCUGAAAACACUCUUUAUUUCAUGUCAAUAGUUCCUGUUUUCACCUCAUUUAUUAUGCUGCUGUCUUCAGAUCUGCUGUAAAUUGACACUUAAAGCUUAUUUCAUUGUUGUCAACAGACUGAGGGGAUUUGAUGACUACAAAUAUCUACAUUUAAAUCUGUCUUUAUGUGUAAAACUGUUUUCCUUACCAUUAUACAUAUUUGGAAUAAUUUCUUUACAUUAUAUUCUGUUAUCAUUUAUAUAUAAAAACAAACCCCGUAACUGAUAUAUUUUUAUUUUGGCAGAUCAGCUCCUCCCACACUGGGAUUCAUCAUCAGUGAAGCUCCUCCCACAGCAGUGACAUCAUAAGUGAAGCUCCUUCCACUGGAAUACAUCAAUAAAUGCUGGGAUAUUCCCAUUAAAGGAGCAUCAGGAAGAGCUGAAACCAGUAAAGAUGGAGUUUAUUAAGGAGGACAGUGAGAACACGAGUGAUCCAGAACCCUGCAGAAAGAAAUACACUGAAGAUACUGAAGAACAAAGAGAGCUGAUGGAAGUGAAGGAGGAGAGUGAAGAACUGAGUGAAGUGGAGGAGGAACAUCAUGUCAAACCUGGAGAAAAACCUUUGAGUCACUCAAAGACAAAAAAUUCAUUUUUAAAGAAAAGAAGAGCCAAGAAAUCUACAACCUGCACUCAGUGUGGAAAGAGUUUCUCAACCAAACAAUAUCUUGAGAUUCACAUGAGAGUUCAUACAGGAGAGAAGCCAUUCACAUGUGAUCAGUGUGGGAAGAGUUUCACACAAAGAGGAAAUCUUAAGGAACACAUGAAAGUUCACACUGGAGAGAAGCCGUUCACAUGUGAUCAAUGCGGGAAGAGUUUCACAUCAAAACAAAGUCUUGAGAUUCACAGUGCAGUUCAUACAGGAGAGAAGCAGUUCGAAUGUCAUAAAUGCAGCAAAACGUUUCUCUCUGCAUCAAACCUGAGGAGACACCUGACAGUUCAUGCAAAGGAGAAGCCACAUUCAUGUUCUGUGUGUGGAAAGAGUUUUUCACUGCUGUCAUAUUUAAAUGAACAUGAAAAAAUACACACUGGUGUGAGAGAGUACAUGUGCUUUGAGUGUGAGAAGACUUUUAUUUCAGCAAACAGUUUAAAACAGCACCAGAGAAUUCACACUGGAGAAAAACCUUACAAGUGUUCACACUGUGACAACAGAUUCAGUGUGUCAUCAUCUCUGAAAACACACGAGAGGAUCCACAGCAGAGAGAAGCGGCACACACACGUGUGAUCAGUCUGGAAAGAGUUUCUCUUUUAAAAGUAACCUGAAGAUACACAUGAAGAUCCAUGCAGUGGAGAAACCACAUCACCACAGUUUGAAAUCACGAUAAGUAGUUCAUCUUUAUGUGCUGAGCAACAAAGUAGUUUCCUUAAAGCCAUAAUAUGUGGCA